GGUCGCGGUGCUGGGCAUGCUCAGUAGCCAGGCCAGCUGAGCGCGGAAUAGGAAGCAGCUUUCUGCGCCGGGGCGGUCGGCUCUAGGCACUUUGAUGAAUCACGUGCGUUGAGGCCCUCUUAAAGAGAUACCCACCCACUUUUCCUCUACCCUAAACACCGCCCUGAGGGCGGCGGCGACCUUGGUAAUUGCAGCUGCUUAGGGGCAGGGCUUGCCCCAGCGCUGAGUAGUGGCAACACUGUUGUUGCGUCGGGGGGGCGCCGGGGAGCCAGGAGCCCCGAGGGCCUGAAAUCUGUAGCUUCCUGGCAGACACAGUCUCCCUAAGGAGGACGUGCUGCGGAGUCCACGCGGGGCAGCGUGAGCACCCGAGGGGUUUCUUCAGUUGAGGGGAGGUUCGGUUACAGGGCACAGGUGACAGGGCCAGAGAGAUGGAGCAGCCCGGGGCGGCGGCGUCGGGAGCGGGAGGCGGAAGCGAGGAACCCGGUGGGGGCCGGAGCAACAAGCGGAGCACGGGAAACCGGGCCUCCAACGAAGAGGAAACGAAAAACAAACCCAAACUGAACAUUCAAAUAAAAACUUUGGCAGAUGAUGUGCGUGAUCGAAUUACAAGUUUUAGAAAAUCUACAGUCAAAAAAGAGAAACCUCUUAUUCAACAUCCUAUUGAUUCUCAAGUCUCGAUGAGUGAGUUCCCAGCAGCUCAGCCAUUAUAUGAUGAGCGAUCUUUGAAUUUGUCAGAAAAAGAAGUACUGGAUCUCUUUGAAAAAAUGAUGGAGGAUAUGAACCUUAAUGAAGAAAAGAAAGCUCCAUUAAGAAACAAAGAUUUUACCACCAAGCGUGAGAUGGUUGUCCAGUAUAUUUCUGCUACUGCCAAAUCUAUAGUUGGAAGUAAAGUUAUGGGCGGGCUGAAAAACAGCAAACAUGAAUGCACUCUGUCUUCACAAGAAUAUGUUCAUGAAUUGCGAUCUGGUAUUUCAGAUGAGAAACUUCUUAACUGCUUAGAAUCCCUGAGGGUUUCUUUAACCAGUAAUCCUGUCAGCUGGGUUAACAACUUUGGCCAUGAAGGUCUUGGACUCUUAUUGGAUGUGUUGGAAAAACUUCUGGACAAAAAACAGCAAGAAAAUAUUGAUAAGAAGAAUCAAUAUAAACUAAUUCAAUGCCUCAAAGCAUUUAUGAAUAAUAAGUUUGGAUUGCAAAGGAUUUUAGGAGAUGAACGAAGUCUUUUACUAUUGGCAAGAGCAAUUGAUCCCAAACAACCCAACAUGAUGACUGAAAUAGUAAAAAUACUUUCUGCUAUUUGCAUUGUUGGUGAAGAGAACAUUCUGGAUAAACUUUUAGGGGCAAUAACUAUUGCAGCAGAAAGAAAUAACAGGGAAUGAUUUUCACCAGCUGUGGAAGGAUUAGAAAAUCAUGAAGCUUUGCAAUUACAAGUGGCCUGCAUGCAGUUUAUCAAUGCCCUUGUCACUUCUCCAUAUGAACUUGAUUUUCGAAUACAUUUAAGGAAUGAAUUCCUUCGUUCAGGACUAAAAGCAAUGUUACCAGGUCUAAAAGAAAAAGAGAAUGAGGAGCUUGAUAUUCAGUUGAAAGUUUUUGAUGAAAACAAAGAGGAUGACCUAACUGAAUUGUCUCACCGUCUGAAUGACAUUCGAGCAGAAAUGGAUGAUAUGAAUGAAGUAUACCAUCUUCUAUAUAAUAUGUUGAAAGACACUGCUGCUGAAUCUUAUUUAUUAUCCAUUCUACAACAUUUUUUGCUUAUCAGAAAUGACUACUAUAUCAGGCCACAGUAUUAUAAGAUAAUUGAGGAGUGUGUUUCACAGAUAGUGCUGCACUGCAGUGGUAUGGAUCCAGACUUCAAGUAUAGGCAAAGAUUAGACAUUGAUUUCACUCAUCUGAUUGAUUCUUGUGUGAACAAGGCAAAAGUUGAAGAAAGUGAACAAAAAGCAGUGGAAUUUUCAAAGAAGUUUGAUGAAGAAUUCACAGCUCGACAGCAAGCUCAAGCUGAGCUUCAAAAAAGAGAAGAAAAAAUCAAAGAACUUGAAACAGAAAUCCAGCAACUUCGGACCCAGGGACAUGGAUCUUCUGGUUCACUAGGACCUCCAGGCCCUCCUCCACCACCUCCAGUGCCAGGUGUUGGGCCACCUCCACCACCACCUCCUCCACCACCACCUCUACCUAUGGGAGCUCCUCCUCCUCCACCACCUCCCUUACAUGGAAUAGGAACAGUACCACCACCACCACCACCCCUUGGAGGAAUUCCUCUUCCCCCAGGUGCACCACUGGAUCUUCCUUAUGGAAUGAAGCAGAAAAAAAUUUACAAACCUGAAGUGUCCAUGAAGAGAAUCAACUGGUCAAAGAUUGAGCCCAAAGAAUUAUCUGAGAACUGUUUCUGGUUAAAAGUAAAAGAAGAGAAGUUUGAGAAUCCAGAUCUCUUUGCAAAAUUGACCCUGAAUUUUGCUACCCAGAUAAAAGUUAAAAAAAAUGCAGAUGCUUCAGAAGAAAAGAAGACUGUGCCUGCAAAGAGGAAAGUAAAAGAAUUGAGAAUUUUGGAUCCCAAAACAGCUCAGAAUCUCUCUAUCUUCUUGGGAUCAUAUCGCAUGCCAUAUGAAGACAUUAAAAACAUCAUUCUGGAGAUUAAUGAAGACAUGCUGAGUGAGGCCUUAAUUCAAAAUCUCAUAAAACAUCUUCCUGAGCAGAAGGUACUCAAUGAAUUGGCACAACUCAAGAAUGAAUAUGAUGACCUCUGUGAGCCUGAGCAGUUUGGAAUUGUGAUGAGCUCAGUGAAAAUGUUACAGCCUCGUCUCAAUGGCAUUCUUUUCAAGCUCACAUUUGAAGAACAUGUAAACAACAUCAAGCCAACCAUCAUAGCAGUAACUCUGGCUUGUGAAGAACUGAAGAAAAGUGAAAGCUUUAAUAAACUUUUAGAGUUAGUUCUUUUGGUUGGAAACUACAUGAACUCAGGCUCAAGAAAUGCCCAGUCUUUGGGUUUUAAGAUCAACUUUCUUUGUAAGAUCAAAGAUACUAAAUCGGCAGAUCAAAAAACAACACUUUUGCAUUUUAUUGCUGAAAUUUGUGAGGAAAACUACAGAGAUAUCUUGAAAUUUCCCGAAGAACUAGAACAUGUAGAAAGUGCAAGCAAAGUUUCAGCUCAAAUCCUCAAGAGCAACCUUGCAGCCAUGGAACAGCAAGUUAUUCAUCUGGAACGUGACAUCAAGAAAUUCCCCAAAGCAGAAAAUCAACAUGAUAAGUUUGUGGAAAAGAUGACAAGUUUUACAAAGACUGCCAGAGACCAAUAUGAAAAACUGUCCACCAUGCACAACAACAUGAUCAAGCUCUAUGAGAAUCUUGGAGAAUACUUCAUUUUUGACUCUAAGACAGUAAGCAUAGAAGAAUUUUUUGGUGAUCUCAGCAACUUCCGAACUCUGUUUCUGGAAGCAGUGAAAGAAAAUAAUAAGAGAAGAGAAAUGGAAGAGAAGACUAGAAGGGCAAAGCUUGCAAAAGAGAAAGCUGAACAAGAAAAGUUGGAACGUCAGAAGAAAAAGAAGCAACUCAUUGAUAUAAACAAAGAAGGUGAUGAGACCGGAGUGAUGGAUAAUCUCCUAGAAGCCCUACAAUCCGGUGCAGCCUUCCGAGACCGAAGAAAGCGGAUUCCAAGGAAUCCAGAUAACAGGCGAGUACCUUUGGAAAGGUCACGCUCACGCCACAAUGGAGCAAUCUCAUCUAAGUGAUUCCUAAUGCCAAAGAAUAUGAAAACAUUUAAACAAAAUCAUUCAUUUUAAGAAGAACAAAACAUGCACUCAAAGGAUAGAAAUAAGUGUAUUUCUGCAAAGGUCAAGCUAAGCUGAAUGAAGUAAUGUGAAUUUGUAAAGCUGUUGCAAGAUUCUUCCAACAUUUAUACUAAUCUGAACAUGGUUGUCUGGAUUAUUAAAUGUUUGUUCCACUUUAGUGUAAAAAUAUGUAUUAUUUAUUGUUGUGUCUGACCUGAUUUUCAAGAUGCAAAUGACAGAAAUUGAGUGAGUUCUAAGGCUUUCAAACAUAUUAUUAUAAAAAUUUGAAAUCUUAAAUUUCUAGGUCACUCCCAACAGAGAAAAAGAAGAGAAGUUAAAGAAUAGACAGAAAGAAUUAUUUAAUAUCUGCUUAUAAACUUUACUAUAUAUGUAAAAAAAAAGUCAAAGAAAACUUUGCUUGUCAAUGAUUUGGGAAUGUGCUAAUAUUGCCCACAUUAUAGGAGAAGCCAUUUUGAAAAUUAAAAAUCUACUGUUCCACCCCAGUCCAGUUAUAUAGACUCUUAUCUCAAGUGAAAGCUGAUGGAUUCAUCUGCUUUGGCUGAUAUUACACUUAUCAUUAGUGUAGCAUUUCAGCAUGAUAUUGCAGACACUUCUCACUGCUAAAAAUAAACCAAAGUUUAACAGAAUCAGUUAGGGAAAAUGACUUAAACUUUAUUUAAAGAGGCAUUUUCUAAUUAUGCAUAGAUAUCUACUUUAUACAAAUACUUUAUAUGGCUAUUUUUGAGAAAAACUCCACAUUUUAAUGUUUAUGCUAGGGAUGAAUCUGAACAUUCUUUACGUCUUUACUUUGCUUUCAAAGGCAAAUACUGUUUCCUAUUCUGUGGUUUGUUUUGUCUCUCUACUGCUUCUUUCUUCCUUGAACAGAGAAUAGAAUUCUAGAAGACUUGAAAGGAAAGAGAUUUCUUUCUGCAGGAGGCAGCAGAAAACUGUCAAAAAGGUCAAUGGUUUCAUGUCCCCUUCUACUCCCUUUUCCAAUUCCACUUUGAUGAUUUGAAGAAGAAAAUUAAAUCAUACAUAGAGCACAGCAAUUAAGUAAGCUUCUCAAUCAUCAUCAUGCUAACUUAAGUAUUAACACAUUUAAAUGAUGCUAACAAAACAACUCUGAGAAGAAAAAUAAGCUCUAUAUUUUGCUUAAAUAGAUGAGAGAAUAAAAGUUAACUUAUCUAUUAUUUUAAAAUAUUCAUUGAAAUAAUUGGUAUAACUUUUUUGGAAGGCAAUUUUAAGACUAAUUCAUGCAGAUGAUUAUGAUUACUAUGAAAUAUUUCUUAUAUAUAAUUCUUAGGUAGAAAAUCCUAAUUCCGCUCCUCCAAAGUACAUUAUAAGCAUUCAGAGCAAAGAUACAAUUUUGUCUUGGUAAGUUAUCUUAUGGGAUAACAUAAACAAGUGACCAAUAUUUCACAGAUUCCUAUAUAUAGAUGUAUAAUAAUUUAAAUUGUUGCCUUUUUUCUGGUGCAUUCUAACUUGGGUAUUAUUCUUCAUCUGAAGAUGCUACAAUAGAGAAAUUUAAAAGUAAUGAUAUGUCAAAUUUUCCUAUUUUUUUAUCUUAAAACAUUUACGCACA